AUGGCUAUCACCAUGGAGCGCCUCCAGCACCAUCUUCCGCAAACUUCGCUGGUUUUUCUUGCCUUGCUGGCCGUUCCGAUAACCGCGCUAUUAUGGGAUCGCAUAUUGAACCCACUCCCAACAACAAAGCGGGCCUGGCUUGUUGGCAAAAAGCAGCCAUCUCGGAUCACUUCUUUAGAAUGCCCCUACAGCUAUAUCCGUCAGAUCUAUGGUAAACACCACUGGGCCCCAUUCGUCGACAAGCUGGCGCCCAAUCUCAAGUUGGAUGACCCGCCGAAGUACCAGAUAAUCCUCGAGAUCAUGGACGGCAUUCACCUCUGCUUAAUCUUGGUUGAUGAUAUAUCGGACGGGAGUAACUUUCGCAAGGGUCAUCCCGCUGCGCACAAGAUUUACGGUCCUUCAGAGACUGCGAACCGUGCCUACUACCGCGUGACGCAACUUUUGAAUCGAACCGUCCACGAAUUCCCUCGUCUUGCACCCUUUCUAAUGCAGUGUCUGGAGGAGAUCCUAGAAGGCCAAGACAUGUCCCUUGUUUGGCGAAGGGAUGGCCUUGCCAGCUUUCCAGUGGCUCCAAAGGAACGGGAUGAGGCAUAUCGUAGAAUGGCGUCGCUGAAGACAGGUGCAUUGUUUCGCUUGCUUGGUCAGCUGGUACUAGAGGAUCAGUCCAUGGAUGCUACCAUGACUACGGUGGCGUGGUGCUCACAGCUGCAAAAUGAUUGCAAGAAUGUGUAUUCGACCGAUUAUGCGAAAGCAAAAGGUGCACUAGCAGAGGACCUGCGCAACGGCGAGCUCUCAUUUCCUAUAGUGGUGGCAAUGGACGCUCCUCAGGGUUAUCUGGUAGCGCGUGCCUUGGAAUACGGCUCACCCUAUAAUAUCCGUAAUGCUUUACGGGUCAUCCAGAGAGAGGACGUGCGUAGCGCCUGUUUGUGGGAUUUGAAGAAAUCGAGUGCCUCUGUGAAGGACUGGCUGGAAGUAUGGGGUCGGAAGGAGAAAAUGGAUGUCAAAAGUGUGAAGGCAUAA